UACUGUUGUGACCUUGUUAAACGACUGUACCUCCAGAGCAGUGGGUGCUUGGAGAGAAGCUUCUCUUUGGGCGACACAGAUGUGAGAAUGUACCCAAACUCCUGGAGACCCUACCUUCCAGAAAGUGAGGAUGAUGCCUUCAUCAACAUCAAGCUCAGUGCGAUCCGUCAAGCAUUUGAGCUCAUUCUCAGAGACCCAGAGGCCAAACACUUCCUGAAGGAGACAGGAAAGAGCCUGAUAGGAGGGCUACUAUCUUUAGCAGGGAAGAGCUCGGAGGGCUUUGGUCUGGUAUGGGAAAAGCUCAUGGCAUUCACUGAAAAUCCAACAAACUGGCCGGACAUCGUUGACGAGUGCCAAGAGGCAGGGAUGCACACCGUUGGCUUUUAUGACAUAUUUUACGAGUCCAUUGUGCUGAAGGUGCUGGAAUGCCAGGAGUACAUUCCAGCCAUCUUAAAGCCAACUCUACGCACCCCAUGGAUCUCAGAGGGCACUAAGAAAACAACUGUGAUGUUCUAUGCCUGGUCCCAAAUUAAGAAGAAGAGGGAGUGUUUAAUGAGGCCUGAUGCGCUGUACCACCAUCUGUAUGAGGUGUUUGACUACACAGACCCAGAGAUCAUGUGGGCAGCCUAUGGACCACAGAGCAAGACCAAAGAAUUCUACAUCCUUCUUAGGGGUCGGAUUCUGUCUUUUAUCCAGCAAAUGUUCAGCCUGGACAGAAAGAGGUAUGAAUCUCCCGAGUCACUGGCUGUGAAGGUCCUCUCUAAUUGGAAAAGGCUGGUCCGCUUCCUGCAGUUCUACCUGGAUGAGAAUAAGUAUUCAUUACUUAUUAGUAUGAAUCAUAAAGAGAGGGGAAUCUCUGUCUAAGGACACACAGUUGAGUGUUCCUUUCCACUUAUUUGCAAGAUCAGCUAGUUUCUAGUGAGGUAGUGCUCUUUACGUCCUUCUUUCUAUGAGAAACAUGAUUUGCUUCAUAUCCUGUGAGUGGGAGUGAGUGAUCUAAAAGCACAGAAGCACAGCACACAUUUCAUGUCUUAG